UGGUUUUGUUUUUGAUUUGUUUGUUUGCUUGUUUCUCAGUCGGGAAAUAGCAUUAGUUAAUGCAGACAGAGCCAUUCCCAGCCAUGGCUGUCUAGUCACCAUUCUCUAUGUUUUUUCUUGUUCUAUAACUUCUUAAGCUUAAGGACCAGUACAGCAUUCAGAAUUCAAGAAGAAACUUACAUUUAGCUUUUCGAUAGAGUUGCUUAUUGACCUAAUUUUUCAUUAGAACUUCCUGCAGUGACUGCUAAGUUUUUUCAUUGAGCACUAAUAUCUCACUGGGAGUACACCCUCCAUGUGUAUAGUUCCAGCUGCUUUUCCAAGUUCAGUGAUUCACAAUUAGCAGCAUUAAAUUUCACCUCCCUCUUCACAGUGCUGUCAUUCAGCGUGCCACAGUCCUCCUACAGUCCCCCUAGAAGGAGAGCAUCUCGGAUGAGGGAGUGGCAAAGGGCCAACUAUUAUAAGGCAUGUGAGCAAAGCCACCAGAACGCCAGGAAUGCAUCUCCCAUUCAAUUCCAUUGAGACUUAACCAGCAGAGAACAUAACAUUCUUCAGCUUGGUUCAAACAAGCAUCUCUGGACCAAAAAAAAUGCAAAGCACUGCCAAUAACCACUGAAGUUUAAAUUUUUAUUUAUAUUAUUUAUUUAUUAUUGUUUGUUUGUUUUUAAGGAUUCAGCAAAGAGGUUGAAAUCUCGAAAUAGAACAUUUAACCUGGAUUAUAGAACCUUAUAUAGAACCUGGUUAAGGACCUUCCAGCAAAGCAGGGCUUGACUAGCAGGUCCCAUGGUGAUGACCAGGCUAUGCUCCUAUCAGCACUGUGUGUCUGGGCUCGAGGAGUCCCCCUGGCAGGAUGGCAGCUGUGAAGAAGAUGAAGCUACAGGAAUUUUCCUGGCAGGCUGCUGACAGCCUGUCUAUCUUUGUGGGUACAGCUCAGCCCUGGUCUGUCUUCCUUUUUCUGGUUUUGUGUUGGAGGCAGCAUCUGUGUCUUUAACAGACACGCUCAGGAGAAGUCUGUUCUGUCACAGUUCAUUUUCCAGACCAAAAUGAAAAUACUGAGGCUGAUUCUUGUAUGUAUGGGCUCUGUCAUUUCUGCUAGCAGUCUUGAUUUCCCAAAUUGUGAAGGGCAAGAGGGAACCCCCUAGUUAAACAUUAGAAAUGCCUUGCCCUGGAAAUCUUCCAUUUUUAUUGUCUUGCCACAUUUUGUGCAAAUCACCCAUUUCAGUUAACCACUUUUAACUUUUUGUCAGUCAAUUUCUUUUUUAAAAACAAGACUUUUAAUACCCUGAAAAGUAAAAAGCAGAUUAAAAUCCUUUUGUCAUGACCACUCAUGGUUUGAUGAGUACAGUGUUCUGUAUUUGAUGAAGCAAACUGUCUCGAGCUGGGACAGAAGCUGAUCUGGAUUGGUAAGAACCCUAGAAAUGAGAUUAGCUAGGUGAAUGUGCUCACCUGGUAAGACAUAGAAGUGGCUAUGACAUGGCAGGGUUUGGACUUAGGAAUUACUUCCAGCAAAGGUCACACUGUGUCAACAGUCAAAAUGUCAUUCAGUUGUCUUAUAGAAUAUGGUAAAGUAUAUGUCUGUGAUUAUAACUCUAUUAAUAUUUUAUUUCAAGCACUAUUUUAUUUUGACAGUUUUGAGAAAAUUCCUGUGAUUUGACUCUUUAUUUUAUGAGCUGAUCAUAUCUAAAUCUUGAAAUUACAUUCAAAUGAGUCAUUUUAUCAGGGUGAAAGAACACACUUGGCACACACAGGAUGCAUACAGGAAAAAAAAUGCAGUUCCUAAAAUGUCAUGUGAGGGUUUUCUCAGUCACUUCAGAGACAGAAUUGAUGGUACUUGCUCCAACACACUGAAAUCACUGCUUCGCUCAGUUGCAGAAUGCCUCAAGUUCUGGACAACAGCACUUCAGAGGAACAGGCUGCUGUAUAUUAUGCAUCAGAAUCAAUUGUCUGCAUUGCAAUCUUCACCAUUAUUUUCAUCAUAGGUAUCCCAGGCAAUGGGUUGGUGAUCUGGGUAGCUGGUCUGAAAAUGAAAAGGUCUGUGAACACUGUCUGGUUCCUAAACCUCGCUGUGGCUGAUGUCAUGUGCUGCUUGUCCUUGCCAUUUUUCAUUGUUCACCUGGCCCUUCAUGAACACUGGCCCUAUGGCUGGUUUCUCUGCAAAGUCAUUCCAUCAGUCAUAAUCUUCACCAUGUUUGCUAGUGUCUUCCUACUUGUGGCCAUCAGCAUUGAUCGGUGCCUUCUGGUGAUGAAACCUGUCUGGUGUCAGAACCACCGGACAGUGAAAUUUAUAUCGCUAAUAUGCAGUGGCAUUUGGAUGCUGGCCUUCAUUUUCUGCUGCCCUGUCUUCUACUACCGUGAGACAACCACUUAUGAGGGCAAAACGGAGUGUGGGUACAAUUCUGGUGUUGAUGAUUACAUAGAUGAUCUUGUAAAUGUAUCUGUAAAUGAGUUAUUGGAAGAAUCUACAAUCUACUCAAUCUACAAUCAUAGUGACUUGUGGGGAGCUACCAAUGAAGUUAGUGAUUCUGUACCCCUUGCCUCAGCGGUAAUAAACAUCACCAGGGCUGUCUUUGGCUUUGUGCUCCCCUUUAGCAUAAUGGCAGUUUGCUACACCCUCAUUGUUUUCAGAACACAUGCAAAUCAGUUUCACAAGUCACACAACAGGACACUGCGAACAAUUGUGUUUGUGGUAGCUGCAUUCUUCAUCUGCUGGGCCCCAUACCAUGUAGUUGGGAUUCUCUCCCUUGUACCUAGUCUUCAAACAAGACUGAUGGAGUCACUGAUUCUGUGGGAUCACCUCUCUACAGCACUUGCCUAUGCCAACAGCUGCAUCAACCCCUUGCUUUAUGUUUUUGUGGGACGGGACUUCAGGGCAAAGGUACGGCAAUCGGUGCAAAGAAUCUUGGAAAGUGCCUUUAGUGAGGAACUCACAUCUUUAGCCCUUCACAGAAGCCAGACUUCAGCAGACAAGAACCUGAGCAGCACCUUGUAAUGCAGGACUUCCUAUAACGACUGUAGAAAGGACAAGCUAUAGCGCUGCACAUCAAUCACUCUCUGCUUUAGCAGGUGUUUUUAAUCCAAUAUGUUUAAUUAAUCUGCCACUCCAACUCAGGACACUGCAAGCAUUCAGCUCAUAACGGAUAACCCUCUUUAUGUCCUACAUUAGAGACAUGGGAAGUUGGAAGCACAGAGCAAUUAUUGCAGAGUACUAAUCUGAGGGAUGACUGGUGAAGCAGAAGACACAGUAUUUCAACCUACUCAGACUAUUUUAAGAAAUGGGGCUGGCUACAGAUUUGUGGUGGGAAUCAUGAAGUUGAACCUCUCAGCUGAGAUAUAAGAAUGUUAUUUUAUUUGUAUAUGUCUGUGUUCUAUAUCUCCUGUCUCUGAUAAAGUGCAGUUUAAACUAACCUGGAUAUUGGUCCUCAGAAGGUCAUCACAGUUUUCCUCUGACUCUACCAGAGCUCUGAGGUGCGUGUAGGUGUAUCUGGAGAUUCCCUAGAGGGUACUGCUAUAUUUCCUUACAGCCAUGCACCAGAACAGCACUUGCCCCAGCCAGCUGCACUGAACUGACUUCUGUGCCCUGGUAGGUGAUCUAUUUCUUUGUCCUAGUGUAUGGUAGUAACUGGUCAAUGCAAAUGCUGAACCCGUGUUCAUUAGCAUGUGCACACUCACUGUCUCCUGAACACUCCCUCCACAACCAGAGUCCCAAAUCUUCCUUUUAGGAAGCAUCUUGAGAUUUUAUCCAAAUGUACCUACUGUAUUUUGAGAUGGCAGAAUUUGAGCAUGCAGUCACUGAUGACCCAGAUUAGGUGACUGCUGGACUAUCAGCCAUUUGGCAAAACCCUGGAACUGAGAAGUGAUAACCUCCAAUCUGACCCUAAAAAGGUAGGAAAAAACCAUGUUGUGGCUCAGUCACGUCGAGCUCUCUUUACAGGAGAUGCGCUUCUUAUGUCCUUCUAGUGGAGAAAAAGUUUCAUGCAGUCAGGCUAUUUGGGGUGUGCCCAAGGUUGAAUGUUCCCCCUCCUGAAAAGUAGAAAUAUAUUUACUACGUACUUUAAAGAAGCAUUUUAAAAUCUGCUUUUAGUGCUCUUCCUUAAAAGAGACAGCAAAUAUUAAGACAAAUAGACACUAAGCAUUGGUAGAAUUUUCACUCUGCCUUUCUGGUGAGCAUGAAUUGAAAGACUCUGAUCUCACUACCCUGAGAACAGCCACCUAGCAGAACCUUCAGCUCUUAAAAUCCUAAAAAGUCUCCAUCUAAAGAACAUCCAGGUGUGGGCUGUCCAUUUAGCCACGUCCACACCUAAAUUCUAAGGUGGGAACCAAGCCAUCCUGACAGGCGCCGCUGAAAGAAAAGAAUCAAUACUGGCACCAAAACAGUUAAACCAUAAACAUUCACUUUUUCUUUUUAUUAAGAAAGCAUGCACAAAAAUAAACUCGUGAGACCACGCCCCUCUCUCCCUGACCACUGACACAAAGCAUUGGGGGCGGGCUGGAGGGGCCUGCAAGACCCCUCUGUGGGCCAGGCUGGCCCCCCUGCCCUGCCUGCAGGCCGGUGCCAGUGCACCCGCAGAGCUCCACACCCACCCAUUGAUGUCUUACCACACUAACAACACACAUUGAUUUCAGGGGCAGAGGAACGAGGCUAAUUUGCACACUGACCGGCAUGUAUUUACAUAUGCAAAAUGAGGCACAACUUAAUAUGCAAAUGAGGCAAAUAUGCAAAUGAGGAGCACUUGGAUACGCAGAAGGAGCCAUCUUGGUUUGUUUUUCUUCCGGUGGUGUUUUCAGACUUCCAUAGGGCCGGCUCUCAGUAAUGUCCACUGCAAAACACUAACUGGCACCUGCCAUAAGUUGUCUCUCAUUGUUGUCUCCGGUGCCACUUUCCACAGAAACCUAUCACGCAUGCUUCCAAAGCUGUAUCAUUCCCAUCCUGAGGCAGCAGAGAUAGCAGCUGACUCCAUGUUGAA